CUUCUGCUGGAGGUGACCAAGGCGAACAAGGUGACAAAGCUCCAAAAAAGGUGAAGCAUGGUUUUCUCCAUGAACUCUGCGUCGAAUACAACAAACUCCAAGUCUGCAAGCCUCAUGAACGCCGUGAAAAGAAGCGCAUCAUCGACUCUAUGAUCAAGAUGGUCAAGGCGAAGACUUCUGCUGUCGAAAAAGCCAUGACGCCAUUGCAGCUAGGGAGUUCUCCAGACGGCUCUCGCAGUCUCCAGGCCUGUCUCAAACACGGAACGGCCGCGCAACGUGCGGACGUUCUAGAUAUAAUGAAUCUGAGCAUCCCGGAUUUGCUCGUUGGCACGGCAGCUGGUGGAGCUUUGGUGGAGAAGAUUCUGCGCUACUGUCCGAAACUGGGCGAUGACUUGGCUGAUGCUGAAGCCUCUACUGAAGGAGCAGCUGUUGACGAGAAGAAACUCAAAAAGCCUCAAGCACUGUCCAAAUCCGAGAAGGAACGACAAAAUGCGAUCGUCGAAAAGAUCCUGAAACCUCUCCUGCAGUUGUCCGAGAACAAGCUCACGAAGCUUUUUUUCCACAAGUUCGGAUGCCGUUGUUUCUCUCAACUUCUCAACUGCGAGUUCCUCAAAGCAGGGUUGAGAAACCAGCUUUUGAACAAGGUGCAAGUCCCGCGUCAAGUUUCUCUCCUCUGUCCUGGCUAUGACUCAGCGCAGAAGAUCUCAGUCUUUUUGUUAAGGGUUUCCGAAUUGCAUUCCUCACUACCAUCCCUGACUCUUUUCCUAGUAGAAAAGAGGCCAGGGAUGUUCUGGAGAAUGUAAUCCCGUAACCUCUAAUUUUGAGCAGCAAGAAGCUGACCGAGUCUGGUAAGAAAGAGGAAGUCGUGGGAAAACAUCUGUUGCCGCAUUUGUCAGACUUGAUCGAUCGCUGUAUCGACAAGGAACUGUUUGACCAGCCGAUCGUCCAUGGUUUCUUGGCUCUGUACACGCAGUUGUUGAUGGACUUCGAAGGAGAAGCAACCUCCGCAGAGGAGAAGAAAACUGAAGAUGGAGGUGCUGCAGCCGAUUCUUCAACAAGCAAAACCAGUGGUUUGACCAUGAAGCAUUUCGUUGAGCAACGCAUGAUGAUCGAGGCGGCACCGCACUUGAUGCAGACCAAGGAUGGCGCAGCAGCCUUGAUCCGCAUCCUUGGUUAUUGCUCUGCCAAACAGAAGAAGACCUUGGUCAAGGAGUUCAAGGGUCGCUUCAAGGACAUGGCUCAGAACAACGUCUGUUAUCUGGUUGUUUGCCGAUUGUUGCAGACUGUGGAUGACACAGUGUUGUCGCAGAAACAAGUCUUAGCAGAGAUCGUUGCGACAGCAGGAUCAACAGCAGAAGACUCUUUGGAAUCCUUGUUGCAGUCGUCUCUCUAUGUGCGCAAGGUGCUUCUGAGUUGUCUGGAGGAGCCAACUUCUCGACACUUCUCUCCGUUUGAACUCGACACGUGCUUCCGUCUCAAGGCGCCAGCCUCUGUUAAGGAUGCUGCACGACGACGGGAGGAGCUACGCAAGUACCUUGCACCAAUCCUCGAGAAGAGUUUUUUCUCAUCCGCAAACACUGCCUCUCUUUUUGGCGCACCAACGUCCGACGUUGCGGCAGUGAUGAAAGUUCAGCUAUUGCCGAGCUUCGUGGUCCAUUUUUACUUGCACGAAUCCAGUACAGAAAUGCUGAAGACGACAAUCGCUAGACAACUGUUCGCGGAUGCAGAGACAGCAGAAAAGUUGCUGUCAAACACUGGUGCAGGCCAUACCGCCAUGUUGGUUUUGGCGAAGAACAAUGAGCAUUUUGCGCAAAAGCUGUGGGAAUUUGUGGUGGCGGAUGAAGAAAGACUGGAGAGACUGGUAAUAUUUCUUGUUAUUUGAUCACACUGUUUUAGUUUUUCAAGAAAUGAAAUUCUUUUUAUUAUUGUCUAAGGUCUACCAGAUUAUUUGAUCACACUGAACUUCAGAAGCAGUACUUAGUGGUGUGCGUGCUGUACUUACUUACGGACGAAUUCAUUUUUUUUGAUAAAAACGCGGCAACCGCUAUCUAAGAAGAAGACCUGUUUUAGCUGCAAUAACAUCAUUCAUCAAGCUGCAGAUCCCGUCCACUUUUUGAUUUUCACCACUGUCAAACCUUCACUACAGGUAACCUCCCGCGCCCCAUAUCUCAUCGCAGAGGCAUACAAGACGACAAAAUCAGCCGAUAUGAAGAAGAGAUGCGUCCUCUUGAAGCCAAUCGUAGAAAAAGCAGAGAAAGCAGGAAAGAUGGUCAAGGCAGCAAAAAUGUUGCUUCAGGUGUUGGAUGAACACUAAAGGAUGACAAUUUCAAGCACUUGAAUGCAUGGCAUAAUUAUUGGUAAUCGGUCUAGCGAGGAAACCCCCUGAAAAACGCGCAAAAAUGAAUGCCUCAAUCACUUACAUCAUGAUAGAGUAGAUGGGAGUUUCAUGGAUUUUCGCAUAUCGACGGUAUUGCAUAUCAACAAUGAUCUACCUAAACCACGCGCAAAGAUGGAUAUG